GAUCCAACAGCUUUGUGCCGUGUGUCGCGGACCUGACCGAGCAUCCGCACCUUGCUCUCUUCCUUGGACGUUUCCCGCAUUCCCUUCCUUCUCGCAACACUGGAUGUUACCUUCGCUCUUUCUCUAGUCUUUCAAUUCCUUGGGCUGAGCUGUUGAUAACUCUCAUUCUAUCUUUUCUGGCCUCUGUGGCGCGUAUUCUGCGGGCAGUUCGAAUCCGGGGCUGUUGUAAUCUCGAUGCGGGCUAUACUUCAUUUUGUACUAUGGACGAUUCUCUGGGUGGGUUGGACGUGGGCGGACAACACCAUCGUGCCUGUGCCGUUCCACUGGGGAUUCUCAGAUAAAUCGGUAUCCACUCAGUUAUUCGAGUGCUCAUCCCGGGGCAUUUCACUACUGCCUCUGAACUCGAGCGACCCUAAACCGUAUUACCUUGGUACACCCCCGUACUACCUCACCGCAGCGGAGAUCGGCGGAACACCUACGACACAGAUGAUUGGCACUAAUUCCAGCAAUCUGACGUGGACUGUGACACACAAAGCUGGGACGAAAUUGCUUCUAGCAGUUUGGGACUCGCUUGGAAAUACAGGCGGAGUAGGUUCCGCCAUGUAUACCGUGCAGUCUGGGCACUCGAGCAGCUGCAUUCCUCCUCCUCCCUCCACCCCGCAAGUCCAGAUAAGUUCAAAAAUCUCAGACGGUCACAAGUUGAAGACGUGCGAGGCGUGGGAUCUGGAUAUUGUGGCCAAUGGAGCCGGUCCCUUCAAUGUCAGCCUUAUUGCGGCAGGUACUGGCGUCACGAACGUGACGAUGAGCACGGGGGACACGUUGCUUCAGUACAUCAACCGAACUCCGCCAGACGUGAACGUCGCGGCUGUGGUGGUCGAUGCUAACGGGAACUUCGGAUCCGGCACGCCAUGGGUCCUGACGACAGGAUCGCGUGACAACGAUUGCGCAGGCCUGAUUACACAAUCUCUGUCUGCAACCCAGGCACAACAAUUAGAAGCGGGGGAGGGUCAACAUCAGCAUCGAUCCCUUGCUCUCGGUUUGGGGAUCACACUACCUCUCCUGGCUCUGUUUGGUGCUGUAGGGGCUUGGUGGUGGUAUAGGCGCCGACGGGCGCUGGGACAGACGUCAGACUCCGAAAAGCAGUUUGGUGGAAACAGGGGCUUCGAAAAGCUUGUAACCCCGGUGGUGCUUCCAGUGUCACUCAGUACCGACUUUUCGCCAGCGCAGAUGGUGGCCAUAACAGGCGGGCUGUACUCGACCCCACAAAGCCUCCAUUCUCCAUCGUCGUCCGUGAUAUCCGGUCCACUGGACCUGAUGGCACGUCCUUCCAUCACCACCUCCCGGUCCACUCUCGCCACGCUUUCCGAUGGUGGUUCGCUUGCCCCGUCUCCGGUGCUUCCCAGACGCACCACGUCCGUGAACUCGCCAUCCCCGCUGACGAUGAGUACUCGGCAGCGCAAAGCUUUGGAAGCGAAUGCCCGCAGGCCAGCACGUUCUGCGACUGCGCUGGGAAUAGGGUCUUCUUCCGAGCCCAUCCGUCCUCCGGCGCGAUCAGCCUCCGCGUUGCCGAGCUCAGUACGCCCUACCCGACCUCGGCAACAAAGCUUGGAGCCAAUCCUGGACGAUUCACUUGCGGAAGGUCCAGUGAUCCAACACCAGGAUGGGGGAGCACUUCCUGAACUUCCGCCGCCGUAUGCAGAUCGUCGAGCCUGAGAUGCCCGUCAGCUUCCAUGUAUACAUAUCUUGCAGUCAUUGCAGAAGGUACUUCCGCAAGAAUAAUUGCAUCAAUAUGUACAGUACGCCCCAUACUCAAGUAGUAAUUUUCUUGCU